AUGUCCGCCCUAUACUUUUUUGAUGUAAAUGUAAUUGUUGUGAUAUGGACGAGAGGAGCCUAUGACAAUUACAACCAAGCUGUAGCAAAUACCCGGGUUGUCGGUGCUGUUACAGCUAACUUGAUCAAACUGUUACAUAGUGCUGGAGGGGUCAGUUAUAAUGAUAUGCACAUAGUCGGACAUAGUCUUGGUGCUCAUGUUGCUGGUUACGUGGGUCAAAGAGUCCCUAUAGGGAGAAUUACUGGUCUAGAUCCGGCUGGUCCAGAAUUUAAUACCGCUGAUCAAAGAGUAAGAUUGGACCCUUCAGAUGCUACAUUUGUUGACAUUAUUCAUACUGAUGGUGCGCUUGGAUUUCGACAUACAAUGGGACAUGUCGAUUUUUAUCCAAAUGGUGGCAAAAUUCAGCCGGGUUGCUUAUUUGAUAAGAUUGCACCAUUUUAUAGCUGUGGUCAUAUGAGGUCGGUUUACUACUUUAUAGAAUCGAUAAAUACAAAUUGCCAUUUUACAUCUCAUCCAUGUGAUAGUGAAGAUGAUUACAAGAACUUACUCUGUACCGGAUGUGGGAUUGGUUGUCAAGAGAUGGGAUACCAUAUUUCACGCAAUGCUCGUGGAACAUUUUAUUUGAAAACUAGUCCUAAUUAUCCAUAUUGUGCUGGUUCACAUUAAA